AUGAAUGAAAGAAUGAAAAACCCUUCUUUGAUUAUCGAUUUUGUCAAGGUGGCCAGCUGUGGUGUCGUGGAACAAAACCAAACGCCAACCUUUUGGAGCAGUGGUGUGGUGGACCAAAAGUCAGCAGCAGCUGAUCGACCCAAGCCAGAAGGCACCCGCCGAGGUGGAGGUGGAGGUGGAGGUGGAGGUGGAGGUGGAGCAUGUAGAGCGGGACGUUGUAGCGAGGAGGUCGACUCUUCAGAUGAGAUGGUUGAUUCCGACACAGAUUUCGACCUCGAGUUAGCCGAAAUUGAAAGAGAACGCGUAAAAAAUAAUCUACCUAUUGAUAAUGACAUAAAAGAAGAUGAAGAAGAGGAAGGCAUACCUAGAGAAGAACAAGAUUUGCAAAGAUGA